AGCACUCUACUUUGCCUAUUGACGCCAGUCGCUUUCUCCGGCCUUGCCUAAGGAACGGAAAACAGGUUUCCCUCUCUAUCUGGUAGGUACCAAUGGCCUUGUGACCGAUCUUCAUUUUUUCCUUCUUCAGUGCUAGAACAACCCUUUCACUGGUCACCACGGAUUCAGUACCACAAUUGACGCAACCAUGGAUAGCAAAGGAAACGAUGCAUUGAUAAAGACCACGAAGGUGACAGAAUGGACGAUAAAUCAUGGCGGAUACCUUUCCCUCUUAUUUGGAGGAUUUAUUUUAUUUGGAUGCGCCUUAGCUUAUAUCAUCGCUGUAUCCAGAGGAAAUGUUGAUCCAUUUCUUCCUUUAAUUAGUGACGCUGCUGGUUCUCCCCCUCAAAAUGGUCUUUUUGGGACAUUUGUUUGCUUGGGAGGCAUGUUUGGUGUAGCGUUUAUGGUUCAGAGGUAUAUGAUUGUUCUGGAAAUUAAUCGUGAAAAAAGUAGCCUAGUGACUUUAGUGAACAAGCUUAGUCUUGUAGUUGGUGUCCUCUCUAUGAUUGGAAUCACCUUAGUUACCGGAUAUCCAGUCAACUUUUACCGUAACAGAGAUAUCUGGCUCAUGGAUGUUGGACUGCCGCACAUGAUUGGUGGAGUUAUGCUGUUUGCGUUGGGAUUACUUUAUAUAGCAUUCCAAUGUGUUCUUACACUUUUCCUCAGGACAAAAGGAGAUUCGACACUAUUCAUUCGAGUUGUAAUCCUCUUCAUCUGCACGGCAGCAUUUGUUUAUCAUAUGAUCACGGUACCGGAAAAUUUUGGAGGAAUUUCGCACAAGUAUUACAUCAACAGUACUGAAAGUGUCCUUAACGAUACCACAUUACUGCCUUAUCCUCCUACAAUGGGUGCUAGUCUCAAGUUGCCAAUUGACACUAGUGGUACUUAUGUAAAAAGUGCUUUAUCAGAAUGGAUACUUGUAUUCUUUUUCUGUUGUUUCUUCUUCACCUUUUACCAUGAAGCCGAGCAAUUUUCCAUGCAAAUCAUUAUUGAGACGCACUCAACAAAAGAGACUGAACUUGCUGACGAACCGAAAAUAGACAUCAGAAAACUUUCCUUGGCCCAGAUUCAGAAUGGGAGCCAGAUUGAUGGAAAACCAGCACCUGAAGUAAGAAAAUUCCUGAGACGUGACAGUACGUGCCAAACAAUGUCUGAUGGAGUAGAAACCAUGACAAUUACUCCCAAAGAUGUCAAAAAUGGAGGAAAGCCAAAAAAGAAGGCUGCUACUGAUUUUGGAAAUGGAACCAAAAAGCAUGUCGCUAAUGUUGAAGUUGAUACAAAUCUGAGUAAGUUACUUGAAGACUUGAAGAAUGAUGAAGAUGCGGCUAAGGACUUGAAGGAUCAAGUCACUACGACUGAAAAGAAAACAUCAAUGGAAUCCUCCGAGUCAUCAAAAAAGAAGGGAGAUAAAGUUGAUAUAAAGUCUGAUGCCGAUAAAGAAGCCGAAAGAAUUGCAAUCGAAAAAAUAGAUGUUGUAGUGAAAGACGCAGAGGAAAGAGUAGGGAAAGAAGCUACUACGCAAUCCAAUCACGAAGGGAGUGAAGCUAACGAAAAAAGCAGUAGUGAUGAUAAAUAAGGCCAUUUGCAGCAUCCCAAAGUUUUUAUUUAAUGUUUAUGUUUUUCAAAACCCAAACUUAUUAUUGGUUUGAUUUUUUUUUAUUUACCUCAUUUUUCGUAUUAUCAUCACAUUACCUUUCAUUUUUAAUUGCUUUAUUUGCAUUACAUCGUUCCAAUUUCAUUGGUUUGAACUUUAAGUGCAUUUUUUCAGUCCCAGUAUUUUUCACUGUAUAUAUCAUGAUAGUUUCAGGUUCUUGAUGCUGUCAUCAACUAAUUUUUCUCUCUAUUUGAGAUAUUAAAAAAAACCUAGAAUGUUUUACUUAUCAAAAGUAAAAUAGUAUUUAAUUUAUACUAAAAUAACACAAAAUUUGAGCGUAGUUUUAAUUUUUAUUUUGAAAAUUAUGGACUAAUUUAAAUGAAACGGAUCAAGUUGAAAAAUUGAAUUAUUACUAGUACAUUACAAUAUUUCAAUCACAAAUAGUGCUGGAUUCAUUCUAAUGAAAUACAAAUGAAAGCAAGUUUAUUCGAGAAGCAUGGAAUUCGCUGGAAAAAAGACCUGCAAAGUGGCAGAAGAUCAGAUCCUGUAAAUUGACAGAAAGGAAAAGAGUUCAGAGUUUUAUUAGAUCAAACUUACUAUAUUUUUUUUAAUGUUAAUUAACUCAUAUGUCAUUGCAUGUUUAUUUGUAGAAACAUCGUCAAAAGCUUAGUGCCAUUUAUUUAUAUAGUAAUUUGAUUAUUCUGAUGAAUAAGUAUGAAAUGCUUGCAUCACUGUGGAAAAAAUAUUAGCAGUGAUGUUAAUGAUUAUUUUUUGCUAUUAUUUUCAAGAGUAUCAGAUAAAGACACCCGACUUUCUUUUUUUUUAUUAUUUUUUUUUUUUUAAAUUUUAUG